AAUCGCAAGACGUAAUAAUGUUUCAGUACACAAUGAGUAUCCAUUAUGUAUUGAAUAAACAUUAAUAACAUCUGUUCAAAUCAGCGAUAUUUCAUUAUUUAAUUGUAUUUUAUCUUUUAUAAAUGAUCAGGAUAUUUUAUGAUUAAAACAAUAAAAUUUAAAGAUGGAUGAUGAUGUUAGUAUACUUGCGCAAGAAAUAAAGAAAGCUAAUAAACUUCCAGAAAAAGAUGCAGCGUUCUUAAAUAAAUUAGGUAUACAAUUAAUAAACCCAGUAUUACCACAGCAUGAAAUUGAAUUACGUGCUGGAUCUCAUUGUCCAACACAGAAGGAAUUAAAAAGGUUUGAAAAAAUAGCACAUAUUAAAAAAGGAUCUUAUGAUCCAGAGGAGGACGCAAUAAUUACUCAUAAUUGGAAAUCAUUUUGCAAGCUGCAUAAUUGGAAUUGUAAAAAUGUUCAACCUUUUUUAUUGCUGCGAGAAGACAAUAAAACAUAUAUUCGUAGUAAAAAGGAAAGAAGGAAAUUUGUGCAGUUUCUAGCCGAUGGCCUACCAAAUAGAACUCUGUACAGUGUAUAUCAUAGAUUUAGGAAUCUAUAUGCAGAUCGUGUGCAAAGAAGGUUUCUUCCUGAAGAAGACGAAAUGAUUUUAAAUCACUUAGAAAAUAAUGCAAAUCUUGAUGAGAAACGGAAGUAUACGGAUUUAGCAAGGGUUUUAAAACGAACUCGAGCAUCUAUAUGGCGUCGUUAUAAAAUACUUAAGAAAAAGCGUGAAAAAGAAGUACAACGAAAUAAUUAUAUUAGUAUGCCGUGUUUCUAAUUACCGCCUAGUAUUUGUAAUUAAAAAUAAAUUUUUAAUUUUCUUCUGUAGUUUAGUAAAUUUAUGUAAUUAAUAAAGUUUAAUACGUUUUUUAUUAUUGUUAAAUUUAUACUAUUGUUUUAUACUUACACACGCACACAUCAUUUGAUUGAAAUUUCAGUGAAUGUUUUCCUACAAAAAAAGAAUAUUAACUAACU